CAAUGGGAGACAGAGCAGAUAUUCCAGGUUGUUGGCAGUGUGUGUAGCACUGCUGUGUGUUCUCCUGCUGAGCUUCACUAUACUGCAGUCUGUGAAACUCAACAAUAUGACCAGAGAAAGAGACCGGUUGCAGAUCAGUUAUGAUAACGUGAGUGUUGAGAGAGACCAGCUUCACGGUGAGAGAAACCAGCUUCAGUCUGAGAGAGAUGAACUGCAGAAGUGGAGUAAGCUGUGGAAUUAUACCAUCCAUCACAGUCUAAAGUAUUUCACCACAAAGAGGACGAGCUGGAACAAAACUAGAGAGGAAUGCAGAUCGAAAGGAGCCGACCUGGUGAUCAUCAACAGCCAAGAAGAACAGGAAUAUAUCAGUGGAGUAUUUGCUGGUGAGGCUUGGAUUGGUCUACAUGACACUGUUCAAGAAGGGAAGUGGAUGUGGGUGGACGGUACAGAAGUGACCACAGAGUUUUGGUGGAAAGGAGAACCUAAUGACUAUGAUGGAAUUGAGGACUGCGCUGCAACUGGCAGCAAAUAUGCUAAAGCUGAACUUACAACAUGGGCUGAUUAUUCAUGUAAAACUGAUUUGCAGGCGAUUUGUGAAAAAAGGGCAAAUAUUUAGAGCAGAAAUCUGUUUUAUCUCGAAAAAAAUCAGUUUUUUCUUUAUCAGGGUCAACAAAGCCAUGGUAAAAAGAAAAUCUUGCAGGAGAGUGAUUAGAUUUUUAAAGUAAAUAAACUGAAAUCAAUAAAAUCUAAUUCUGCAAUCUAAAUGAAAGGAAAGGGGAAGAAUAAUUGGGAUGUGUGUCAUACCAGCAAAUGAGAAAAUACAGUGGAAAAAAAAAAGCCAGAUGUUAGGUUAGUUUCAGGUUUUUUGUGCAAGACCUAUGUAAAUAAGACAGAUGUAGUUGGGCUGCACAUUUCUUUGUGACUAGGCAACUCUGUUUUUCCCACAAUCUACAAAUUUUGAAUUUUAAAAAGAGGUUUUUUAAAUCAGGUUUCCUAUGUCAUCAUCACACAUUACUUUUUUACUUCUGUGCUUUUUGCUUGAGCUUCUCACUAAAUGAUGAGUUGAUAUUACCGCGCUGAGAGUUCGGCUCUAACUGCACCAUAUGCUUUUAAACUCCCUUUUCCCCAGAAGCCAAAAUAUUUUAGUUUUCUCCUGUUUUGUUGGUGAUUAUGUUGAUCAUUGAAUAUCUUUGUCAUGUCUCACGCCACACUGGUGUUAAUAUGAAGCUUGUAUAAAAGUAGACACUCAGAACUUUAACAAUUUGUACAAAAUGAAAGUUUUUUUACACUAUGGUAGAGCAUGAGUAUGUAGUGGAUUAAAAAGAUCAAUAUGAUUAACUUUAAUAACUAUUAUCAGUUUGUUAACUGCAACAUAAAGAGUGCUAAGUCAAAAUGAUUAAUUCAUGUGAUGUUUAUUAUUGUUCUAAUUCUGUUGGUUAACUAAAAAUUAGAUGUUGUUGGGGGGGUAUGGAAUUUUCAAGGUAUGGAAUUUUUAUUAAUGUCUUCCUUGUCAUAAGUUAAGAUUGCACAUUAGUUUGUAAUGCUUUUUAUUUUGGACGUGCUUAGAAUGUGAGGUUUAAUGUAGUCCAUGUUAUUUUGUAUUUCAUGUUUAACUUGUUUACUGAUAAUGGGCUACUGAAAUAUUGUUUAAAUAGUUAUCCCAUUGAUAUAAAAAUUCUCUUCUACCAGGGAGUCCUAUAAAAUUGAGAAGUUAUGAAGAUGUAACCAAAGAAGUCUUUAUAUGACAGUAUUGUGACUGUGAUACAUCUGCAUCUCUUAUCUAGACUGGAUAUUAAUGUGAUGCUUUACGUCUGGAAAUUAAUGUCUUGUUGUGUGCAUUCAAUUUAAUGUUAUAUGAGAUAUGCUGAAAGAAAGAAAAUACACAGCCAAUACAGCUCAGCAUGCAGA